AAGAAAAGAAAAGUAAACAGCCCCUGCCAAAGAAAAUAUCGUAGCACUUUAAAGACACGCCGGUUUAUUUCAAUGUGAGCCUUUGUGGAUCCAAACCCACACAUUUCAAGCACGGGGAAUGCCUACGUAGGCAGGGGAGGGGGCCCUAAAGGUGAUCUAGUCCAGCCUCCCACUUGUGCAGGAAGCCUGUGUUUUGUAAACACGGGUGUUCAGCUGGAUGGCGGCGUAUAUUGAUUUUCUAAAUAACCCUGAAGUCUUGCAGAGCAGCGAAGCCCCGGAGCAAAGCUGUAAACGGUGGAGAGAGGCUGUCCCCAUGACUUCUUCGGUGGAGGAUGUCCAUGAUCCUCUUUGCCUGCGUGGUGCGGGCGAGGGACGGGCUCCCGCUCUCUGCCUCCACCGACUUCCACUUCGACCCGGACUUCCUAGAAUGCAGGAAGAAACUCAAGGCCCUGUCGUCCAUCUUGGCCCGGUAUCCGGAUCGCAGCACCGCCCACGGGCGUGACCUCAGCAUACACUUCCAUUCUUUGGGAGGCAUUGCUUGCAUGAGCAUCUGCCAGAACAGUUAUCCAGCCGCCAUGGCCUUUUGCUUCCUAGCCGAGCUGCAGUGGAAAUUUACCACUUCCUACGACGCUACAAAUGUGGAUCUGGCUGCAAGGCCCUAUGCAUUUCUUGAAUUUGACAAUGUCAUCCAGAAAGUCAAAAACCGUUACAGUUACUCGAACUGCGCUCCAACAAAGUUCGAUGUGGAAAAAAUCCAAGAAGAGCUUCGACUGUGGCCUCCCGUGGUUGUGAAGCUGGAAGACGCGGAGCUGAGGAACGGGCUGACGAACGGCCACAUCGACAUCCAUGUGGACUCCGCUCCUGCUUACAGACUGGAGCCCGUGUCAGCUUUGGGAAUCUUAUCUCUCGUCCUCAACAUCAUGUGUGGGGCGUUGAAUCUCAUUCGAGGUGUCCACCUUGCGGAGUAUUCGUUUCAGGAAGAUCACAAAGGAAUUGGAAACGUGAUUUCAUUCCUUCUACCUUUUGUUGCCUGUUUCUUAUUGUGCUACCUUUACCUGUUUUACAACUCAGCCAGGAGGAUAAAGGUCUUUGUGCUUUUUGUGACAAUCUGCUUAUGUAACAUCCACCUGUAUGGAUUAAGGAACAUCUGGCAGAUAUUUUUCCACAUAGGAGUGGCCUCUUUUUCCUCCCAUCAAAUACUGACGCGGCAGGUGGCAGAGAAACAGCAAGACUUUGGAGUAUGAAGAAAGAAAGAAAAAAUAACCCAACCCAAAUCAUGGGAUCUGUCAUGUUUUUAUCUCAGGCGUUUUGCUUUGAGAGAACUCAUUCAUGCUGCUGAAAGCCAGCUUUCAAAAAGGUGGUGUUUUAACUAUGGGUAUGGUGAGGGAGAAAGGUUUUUUGCAUAAAUCGGUCCUAGAUUUGUAGAGUUGAAAGUACAAAUAGGUGUCUCACUUAAAGGAGGUGCCUCCACCCACCGGUCCUUUACAGAUUAACGCACGUAAUCCAGAAGCCAGUCUGAGAGUCCUCUCCGAAGCGAAGCCGGUCCGGAGACUGAAUCAGUUGUCUCUGAUACGUAACCUUACGCGUCUGGAACGGCAGGCCUGUUGCAGUUGUAACUGAACCAAGACAAACCAUCUUCCCCUCGUGUAUUUCCCCAAGCGGAGAGGAGAUUAUUAAGUGUUCUCCGUUCUAGGUGACACCAGAAAGUUGAGCCCCAUCCCAUUGGCGACGGAGACAACAGGAAGUUGUCUAAUCCGGAUGAUGGGUGGUUUUCAGUCUUUGGUGGAUAAUCGGGGGGGGGCAUUUUUCAGGAGUGCAAAUGCUGGCAGGUGUGGGGCUCAAGCCAAAGCUGGAGAGGGAGAGAGCCCCUAACAUGGGCAUCUCAUCCUAUUUUAUUUCUCUGGCAUCUCCCCCCCCCCCUUUUGUAAUGGACUCUGCGGGAGGGGAGAGAACAUUCUCUCUGCAGAGGUCUGAACCUGUCCCUUACAGAGCACUACAGAGGAUCAGGCCCAAAGCUGUAGGUUGCUCACUCUGGCCGAACAGCGAUGGUUACUCUUGCGUGCCCACCGAAGCCUUCAAACAUGCUUUGGUUGGUGAGGCAUCCACCUUUCGCUGCUCCCCAGGGCACGCCAUGCUUUGUAGCAAAUGUUCUUAAUACAGUUCAUGUUUUUAAAAGCUGGAGCCAAAGGAGGCAGUAGAUUGGAACCACGGGAGAGGUGCGGGCAUCUGCUACAGGAGUUAAUGAGGUGCUGACGGCAUAUGUUAGACUAAUAGUAACGAGUGAGUUGUGGACAACUCCCAUGUAGAAAAAUUACAACGGCUGGUCCUGUCCGUUGGGAAGCGGCUGUUCUUACUACGCCCUCCCAUUCCGCGUUUUAGCCCUUACCGACCUGUGUGCGCAGAAGGCCUUGAAGAUGCCACCGGGUUCUUCACAGGGACCCUUCCACCCAGCGCUUGGAUUUCAAGUAAGAUGCUCUGCACUUCAUCUGCGCACACCAUGCCUGCUUCCCACAAGCAGGUCGCUACCGGCUUGCAGAGCGUCACGAUGGCUGUCAUGGGUAUUGUUUUGCUGGCAACGAUCAGGUCCCCCAGAGGAAGAAACCUGCUUUCUGGUACAGACGCUCUGUUCAAUUCAGCUGGACAGCUUGAGAAGAGCGGUCAAAGAUGGGUGUAUUUGCUUCCCGCAGCGACGUGAGUGAAUAGUGGUGUUUAGUAACGGAUGGAUCAUUCCUCAAUGCCACUAUAGUAAUGGUAGCAGGUGGUUGCGACCUGCCUGCCGGCAAGGGGGGGGGGGGAAGGAAUAUAUCUGUGCUCCUUUCUUGCAGGAGAACCACCAGGUUUUUCCCCCCAAAAAAACUUGGAAAUAAAGUUUGUACUGAGCAGAAACUUUUGUGGACUGGCCGCCUACAGGAGCUGAACGCCACCGACGAUAGUGAAAUCCUUGAGAUGCUGUAGAUGCGUCGUCGUUUAAGAAUCCCAGGUUUCUCUUGAAGAGAAAGGGGAAAAAAUGCUAGUUUUGGAGAUGAGACUUUUAUAAGUGACAGCUUUGAGAGAGUUGACUUCAAUCCUACUUCUUGCUACCUGCCGUUGUUUUUUCUCCCUUAUUUAUUGCACUGUUUUGUACCAGUAGAGUAGGACCCUUGUAUCUGCAGGGGGUUGGCUCCAAGCCCACCUGUGGGUGCUGAAAAACGUGGAUUAUAGUGAACGCUAAGCUUAGCAUGAUCUCUGGCUCUUUCUAGUAGCCAGUCAUGGUUAACUUUGUCAUUAGAUAUCUGAAUUUGUAAGGUUUAAAUAUAUAUAUAUAUUAAAUAUUUUGAGACUGGAUACGUGAAACAGUGGAUAUUGAUCCUGUGGAUAUGGGGGUCCUACUGUACCUGCAUUUUGCUUAAUUGGGAUAGGAACCUAUAUAGGUGAUUUCCAUCUAAGGCAGGUUGUUAAUUAUUAUUAUUAUUUUGGUUCUACUUCUUAACCAGAAGGCGGAUCCGUUUGCUUUCCUUAGACCAAAAUGACUUUAGAAAUCAGCCAUUUGCCUAGGUUUGGAUCGGAUGCAUUCAUGAGGGUCAUUCAGUUCAGGUUGACGCAUUACGCCCCUUCUUAUGCCAGCGUCUAGUGGCUUUGCAUCCAGAGUGUCUUGGAGACAUCUCUCUACUGGGAGACAUGGCUGUGGCUUAAGUUGACCAGACCCUCCCACCCGCUCACUUGGUUCAUCUGCUCUCUUGUUCUUUUGUUUCCCACUGGAGGGGGUGCCGUUCUAUGGAAAAUAUGGUCCUGAAAUCCUGCGUUUUGUGGAUAACUAAGAAUGAAAGCCAUUGCCCCGUAACAGAGAAUAGAGCAGGUUCUCAUUCUCUCCCGCUCUGGUAUUUUACUGCAGCUUCUUGGGUUGUGUAUAGAAAUUGUGAUGGGAUUUUUGACAGUAAGAGCAUGCACUUUUGAAAAUAGGAACUAGAACCUGUACUUCUCUCAGCCCUCCUCCUGUAUAUGCUGGUAUUUAUGGUGUAGAAGUAAUGCGCCAGCGUUUACUAUUUUGUCAGUUCUUGGAAUAACCUUUGGAACAAGUUUGUUGCGUAAAGUUUUGAAACUGUUUUUAUUCCUCUGCCAGAUCGAGGCUUUACAAGUGGCGGGCACUGCAGUCUGUCUGGACUGCCCCCCCAUGAACCAUCUCCAUAGUCAUCCUUGUUGCCAUGUAACAUCCCCUUAUUUGGGAUUUCUGUUUCUCUCUGGGCUCCGAGCAGAAUUUAGGAUGACAGUAGCUUCCUUAGUCUGCUGGGGUGUGAAAAGAGAACUGGAGAAGUGAAUUUAGUUCUCUAAAAUGGGCCAGUAACUCAUACCGAGAUUUCAUGGGUUAUUUUAACACCUAGCAUCCCUCUCGUUUACAAACCCAACCCAUGUCAUCUUUCCUGCCAAAAUCACAGUUCCUUUUUUGAGAACACAUCUUGAUCCCCAUUUAACAACCCGCUUGGUAUAGGUUCGGUCUUUGUAGAACAAGAGCCAUCUAAAACAGCCCACGGUUUGAGAGGGUGACCCUAUUCUGGGGUUUUAAAAGUUGGAAACUGAAAUCUUGAGACUCGCCACUUCAGAAUGCAAGAGGAACUGUGUUUGUGGAUGACCGCCCCCUCCUCGCAUGUAGAAAAGGAGCAGACCAGACAAAAUUCUGAGGUCCUCAUCCUUUCUGGAGGAAGCAUUUGUUUAAACAGGUGGAUCGUUCAAUCGUGACCGCUCUGGUCCCUCGACGCUUUAAAAAUCGCUUGCUCUUGAAAGCAAAUGUUAAAAGAACAGACACCGUUGAGAUGGUCUGUAUCGGACCCGUGUUUGUCGCCCUUUGGCAACUGCGCCUUUCUUGAUGUGAAUUCCCUCCUUGCAUCCGAAGUGGGAGCGGAUCAAAACGUGGAAGUCUCUACAUCUUAUCUGGGCAGUUGCUGUCCGGCGUAAAAGGGGUGCGUGUCCCAUGCAAAGUGGUUCACAAGUUUGUGCUUAGAACAAAGUCCCCCGUUACUCUGGAGAAGAGAGAGCGAGAAGAGAGUUGCCCAGCGCCCAUUAAGGAGGACUCUGUUCUCUCGCUAGGACCAUACUAGGUGUUCGCGUCUGAUCCUCUCUUGAGUGAUCUCUGUUAGACGGAGAGCGAACAUCAGCGGGACACACAAGUCUGAGGAAGUUUAAACUUUCCAGACUUUGGUUUACUUCUCACGGAUGUGAUCUGCGUUUGAGAGGGACCACCUCUGCAGAAAAGGUUGUCACGUCCUGCCCUUAGGAGACGAAGCUCUCCGAAGGACAGGCUGCCACACUUUGCCUUGACAACUUCAUACGAUCCAGUUGUGGAUGCGAGCGAGAUCCCACUUUCAAACCGACGGGGUGCCAAGGCAAAUGUUGGCGUUUAGAUUCCAUUCAGUUCAGUUUGAUCAAGCCGGUGCCGCGUGAAAAACUUUCCCUGCCAAUUUAUGGAAAAAUCAAAGAUGCUGUUAAUUAAAAUAAAAGAGAGAACACAUGAACACAAAAGCUUUUGUCUCGUUUGGUGGGAAAGGGUCCCUCGUGAAGGUCAUACAUCUUUCAGGAUGGUUUCUGUUCGAUGGACCGCUUUCUCCAAAAAAAAUCUCAGUGUCUAAAUUCCUCAUUUUACAUGCCAAUAUAGUUUUCUUCCCUUCUGGUUUAAAAAUCCACAAAUGCUCUGUUCUCCAUGGUUUGCUCUUCAAAAUUGCCAGAGACCUGGGAUCUUACAUUUUCAUCCCUUUUUAAGUUUUAAACCAAAGAUGUUUCCAUUUUUUAAUUAAAAAAAGAGAGAGAGGGAGAGAGAGACCAUUUUUCUGAAGACCUUUUUGCACUGUGUUAAAGAACUGGCAUUGUGUUUAUGUUGGUAAAGCCUCUUUUUUUUUUUGCAUGACUGUACGUAUGUAUAUAAUUCACAGGCAAUUUGAGUAAAAGAUUACAUGCCACUUUUCUAUA